UAUCAAAUGAAAUAUAACAUGUGAAAAAAUGAAUAACAUUUGUAUUUAUUAAAAUGAAACAAGCAUGUAUCUUAAUUUGGAAAAACCUAUCAUAGUUCGGUAUGGACACCCGAAAACGCCAGUAAAAAUACCAUACGAAAUCGAGGCCAAAGAUGCGUUCGAGUUUAGUCCAAGGCUACAAACUCCAGAUGACGACCAUGUCUUCAGCGUCCUGUGCAAGCUGCAAGAUGGACUCAAGGUGAAGCCGCACGAGGCCUCGGACGCCUUGCGUCAGUAUCGCCGCUUUCAGGCGGAGAUCGGGAGGCUGCAAAGUACUAUACACCGUCCAUCGAGGUAUCCGAAGAUGACAUCCAGUCUUUAUAUGCAAGAGAAGAAUUUCAAAGACCGAACACGAAAAAUCAUAGAAGCUAAGGAGAGAGAAAACGUGCAGUUGAAGCAGAAAGUGGCUGAACUGUCAUUGCGUCUGAGUGCAAUGCUUGGAAUGCAGGUAGUUGAGCCUACUGACAAGAAAAGCGAUCUAACUGACACAUUUAAACCUGUACAGCUAGCCGAAGACUUCAGGGAUAUUUUUGACAAUGAGUGGGAGCAUGCAUUUGAAGAACUAAAAGUUACAAUGGAAGAAGCUAAAGUUCUUGUCUAUUUGGGAAAAGUCACUUGGGUUGCCUUUGAGUUUGCUAAAGACAUAGCGGAACAACAAUUGGACGAAUUGAUGAAAAAAGAAAUUGAAAUAUUGCGAAUUAUGUCCAAACCUAGUUUUGAAGAAAAGGAGAGGAGAAAACCCAUUGUAUCCGAUGGUAUAUCCCCAAGAAAGUUUGAACGGGAUGAGACAUUGCAACUCCUUAACAAUUAUCGGCGCUGUUUGGCUAGGACGUCAGUCCCAGGCAUAAAACAGAUUUUUAUGACUCUGAUGACGCGAUCUCCACCAUUGAAGGGAGCUACGAUUACAGACGGGGUAAAAAAAUAUUUGCGCAAAACUGUGGAGCUCGCCUACCUCAUGUGCAUUCAGGAUCCACCGAUGCAUCUAGAAUGGGUCAGAUUUGGUGACGUCAUUGACAGAGAGAAGUUUAAGCCAUACCAAAGCUACGGCACAAAGGUUGUUGGAACAGUGUGGCCAGCCGUGUUGCAGUACAAUGGUGGACCGGUGAUGAGCCGGGGAGUGGCGGAUGUGAUGUUUGGAGACUUGAUUGUCCCGAAGUCAGCCGCCAAUAACAAGUACAGGAGAAACUGAUGAUGACACAUGACUCCUUCUUCAAGAAUUAUUGAAACUUUCAUGAACUAAAAAAGUGCCGCGAAAUUUGUGUAAUGAUUCUAUCAUUGAAUUCGUCAUUUUCAUUUGUCUUUAAAGUUCAAACAUUAUUUGGAACUUUAAUAGAAGAAAUCAGUACGUGGGAUUGUGUUAUAACACAUAUCGCAUAUACAUUGUUUAAAUAAACUGUAAUUAAAUGUCUUAACACUAUUUUAAACAUGUGUAUGAAUACUCCAAACCCAAAGCCUUGUAUAAAGG